AUGGAAGGAUCUGUUGAAGGGUCAGGCACCAGCACCCCCCCUGGGAAGCCGAAGGAGAGUCAAGGACCCCCUGGAAGCGUGUGGCCAAAGGAGCUCAUCGCACUGGAGCCUGGGGAAUCUGCCUGGCAGGUGGCCCUGAAGAAGAUCCAGGAGCUAUCGGAUUCAGACCACCGAGACCCCUUCAUGGUAGCGGACCUGGGUGUGCUGGCCAGCCGUCACCGGGCCUUCUGCCAGGCCCUGCCACGGGUCUCGCCCUUCUACGCGGUAAAGUGCAGCAGCAGUGUGUGGGUGCUGCGUGUUCUGGACACCCUGGGCACCGGCUUCGACUGCGCCAGCCAGGUGGAGCUGGAUCAAGUGCUGGGCCUGGGCGUGGCCCCCUCACGCAUCAUCUACGCCAACCCCUGCAAGCCUGUCUCCCACAUCCAGUAUGCUGCCCGCCACGGGGUGCGGCUCCUGACCUUCGACAGCGCGGAGGAGCUGACCAAGAUGGCCCAGCACUACCCCGGGGCCAGGCUGGUCCUCCGGCUGUUGACCGAGGACAGCGAGAGCAUCUUUCCCCUGAGCGCCAAGUUCGGGGCAAGCCUGGACGUGUGUGAACGUCUGCUCAAGUCUGCCAGGGACCUGGGCUUGGCUGUGGUCGGAACCAGCUUCCACGUGGGCUCGAACUGCCGAACACCGCACAGCUUCAGGCAGGCCAUCGCUGACUGCCGGCGUGUAUUUGAGAUGGGCCGAGCGUUCGGGCAUGACAUGAGCCUCCUGGACAUCGGAGGGGGCUUCCCCGGAGGGGAAGGCUGUGAGCCUCAGUUUGAGGAGAUGGCGAGAGUGAUCAAUGCCGCCCUGGCCCAGGACUUCCCCGAGGGGAUUGGUGUUGAGAUCAUCGCGGAGCCUGGACGCUUCUAUGCGGCGUCUGUCUGCAUGGCUGCCGUCAACAUCAUUGCCAAGAAGGCUGUGCUGGAGUCUGGAGGCCGCCGGAAACUGCUGUACUAUCUCAACGAUGGCCACUACGGCAUCUUCCGGCUCUUCCUCAGGGAGCCUGCCCCCAGCACGCCCAUUGUGGUGAAGGAGCUCUGCUCGGACCCACCCCUCUUCCCCUGCACCCUGUACGGUCCCACGUGUGAUGCCUUUGACAAGCUCUUCCGAGAGGAGGUGCAGCUGCCGGAGCUGGAUGUGGGUGACUGGCUUGUCUUCCCCUCCAUGGGCGCUUACACGUCCUCUAUGAGCUCCACCUUCAAUGGCUUCCCGCCUGCCUCCACCUACUACACCAUGGAACCCGAGCUCAGCCUCUGCAAUGGUCCUCUCCGUCCGCCGGAGUCAGCCCCCCUCGGCCAACACCAGCGGGAUCUCCCAGCAUCCCUGGACUAA